AUGCCCAAGCAAAAAUCUCAAAGGCAGCAACACAAGUCCUAUAAACUCAAACACAUCAAUAAGACAAUUCAAGAAGGAGAUGCUGUUUUGAUGCGGUCUUCGGAGCCAGGGAAACCGUCGUACGUAGCGAGGGUCGAAGCGAUCGAGACGGAUGCGCGUGGAUCGCACGCGAGGGUUCGUGUGAGGUGGUAUUACCGACCUGAGGAAUCUAUGGGAGGGAGGAGACAAUUCCAUGGAGCUAAAGAGGUUUUCCUCUCUGAUCACUACGAUUUGCAAAGCGCGGAUACGAUUGAAGGCAAGUGUAAGGUUCACAGUUUCAGUAGCUACACAACGCUUGACUCCGUCGGAAACGACGACUUCUUCUGUCGUUUUGACUAUAAUUCCGCCACCGGAGCCUUUGUUCCCGACAGAGUCGCCGUGUUCUGCAAAUGUGAGAUGCCGUAUAACCCUGAUGAUUUGAUGGUGCAAUGCGAGGAUUGUUCUGAGUGGUUUCAUCCUUCUUGUAUAGGAACGACAAUAGAAGCAGCUAAGAAACUCGAUCACUUCUACUGCGAAGAGUGUUCCCCACAACAAGAGUUGCUGCAGAACUCUAAUUCAACUUCUAAACACACAGAUGCUAAGCCUGGAGGUAAGCAAGCCGAGGAACAAACACACAAAGCGAUCGGGUUAACAUCAAAACCCGUAAAAGCUAGAACUGGGGUCGUUGAACUGGCUUGA